AUGCCGCAGAAAUCAAUCUUAUCAUUCUUUUCCGGGAGUGACAAAAAAGAAACUGAAAAAACAAAUAAGGAAAAGAUGAUUAGUUCAAAACCAUCUGACAAUACUUCACAUAAAAGCAUAAAGCGCAGACGCAUCAUUGUCGAAAGUGAUGAUUCAUUAACAGAAAUGCCCAAUAAAAGUAGUGAAUAUGUUCAUAACGAUAUUAAUUUUAAAGAAAGUGAUGCAGAAAUCCCUUCUAAAUUACCUGAUUUAGUACAUCAGCAACCAAUAAGUAAUCCUACAAGUGAGGAUAAAUUGGUACAGAAUGUGACUGAUACAAGAAUUAAAGACAAAUUCAAGGACUUAACAGGCAAUAUUCUAAGCAGACCGAAUGUUAAUGAAAAGUCGUCACGGAGUCCUGAAAAACUAGUUACCCGUUACGACCCCAGCAAAACGGAUUAUCACCCUAUCCAUGAUUGCAACUGGCGAGAAGGUGAAAGUGUCCCUUAUUUAUCAUUGGCGAGAACAUUUGAGUGUAUUGAGGCCACAUCUGGCAGAAUAAAAAUAACAGAAAUGCUGUGCAAUUUUUUUCGCUCAGUCGGUUUGUUGUCUUCAUUUGAUUUGACAAGCUGCGUUUACCUAUGCCUCAACCAACUGGGACCCGCAUAUGAAGGGAUGGAACUAGGCGUGGGGGAGACAGUCCUAUUAAAGGCUUUGGCCGCCACUACAGGUGUUGGGAUCGAACAUAUGCGUUCGAGUUUGAAGCAACAUGGUGAUCUUGGUGUUGUCGCCGAAACUAUCAGAUCACGCCAGAAAAUCCUGUCAGCUCCAAAACCACUAACCAUUUCUCUAGUAUUUUCUAAACUGAAAGAUAUUGCUUCAAUGUCUGGAAAUUCAGCUCAAAACAAAAAGGUGGAAAUUAUUCGCUCGCUUCUAGUGGCUUGUCGAGAAUCUGAAACUAAAUAUAUUAUACGUAGUUUAUCAGGAAAAUUGCGUAUUGGCUUAGCUGAACAAACGGUGCUCACAGCUCUUGGUCAGGCUGUGGCUAUGACGCCAUUUCAUUUUAAAGUCGGUGAUAAAAGCACGCGAGUAGUUAAUGCUUCUAAUGGUAUGUCUAAUGAGCACUGGAAAGUUACAAUGGAUACUGCAGUUGCAAAUGUUAAAAGGGCGUAUUGCGUUUGUCCAGACUACAGCCGUCUUAUAAAAGCUCUUUUAACAAGUAGUCAUGAAUCUCUGGAUCAAAUAUGCACAAUCACUCCAGGUAUUCCUCUAAAACCAAUGUUAGCUUCUCCUACACAUGGAAUAUACGAAAUUUUAAAGAGGUUUGAAGAAUGCGAUUUCACUUGUGAAUAUAAAUAUGAUGGUGAAAGGGCUCAAAUUCAUAUUCUCCCUUCAGGUGCCAGUCACGUGUAUUCACGUAAUCAAGAAGAUAAUACGACAAAAUAUCCUGAUAUCGUAAAUAAUCUGAUGUGUAGGGUUCUGCCAGAGUCUAAACUAACGCCUCAUGCAAUUGAGCUACUCAGUGAAAUUGUUAAAGAUAGUAAAAGACAAGUUCAAUCAAAUGGUAUAAUUGGAAACAAACUGGAGAGUUGUAUUAUCGACUCGGAAGUUGUAGCUUGGGAUCGUUUAGCUGGACAUAUUUUACCAUUCCAAGUUUUAUCAACGCGAAAGCGUAAAGAUGUAGAUGAAUCUACACUGAAAGUACAAAUAUGCAUUUAUGUAUUCGAUAUACUUUUUAUAAAUGGUGUAUCUUUAAUUGAACAGCCAUUACGCAUACGUCGAGAAAUACUUCGAGAAGUAUUUCCGCGCAUUUCUGGAGAGUUCAUGAUGGCAACCUCUCUUGAUUCAUCUGAUACAGAUGAGAUCGCGACUUUUCUUGACGAAGCCAUCAAAGGUAAUUGUGAAGGGUUAAUGAUAAAAACACUGGAUCAUAAUUCUACCUACGAAAUCGCUAAAAGAUCCCAUAGCUGGUUAAAAUUGAAAAAAGACUAUUUAGAAGGUGGAUUUCAUGGAACUGGUAAACGUGCUGGUCGUUACGGUGGUUACUUGCUGGCAUGCUAUGACCCAGAUACAGAAGAAUACCAAACAAUAUGCAAAAUUGGUACAGGAAUGAAAGAUGAUGAAUUGGCUUCAUUUUCGGAGUUUUUCAAGAACCAUGUAACUGACAAAGCAAAACCUUAUUAUCAAUACACAAUUAGUUUAAUUCCAGACCAAUGGUUUGAGCCUGUUCAAGUUUGGGAAGUAAAGGCAGCCGAUUUGAGUAUAUCACCUGGACACAAAGCCGCUGCUGGUUUAGCGGAUCCACAAAAAGGUAUUUCACUGAGAUUCCCGAGGUUCGUUCGGAUUCGAGAUGACAAGAAGCCUGAAGACGCGACAACAGCCCAACAAGUUUAUGAACUUUAUCAAAGUCAAGAGCAGAUAAAGAAUCAGCAUGGCAAUAUACAAACAGGAAACAAUGAUGAUGAAGAUAUGUAUUGA